AUGGCAGUCGCAGACCCUCCACCCUGGCUGCUUCCCAGUAUCUAUCCUUCCACUCGGUGUAAGGCCAAUACACCUCCAACAUGGCUUGUGGUUUUCAUCUGUCCUCUGGAAGACAUAGAGCGAACUUCAAUGAUGACCAAGCUAAGCUCCGUUGAUGAGGAAUGGCCAAAUAGUCCCCGAAAUGAGAUGCGACGUCUAGUGGAAAUUCCUUGGUUGAUGGAUUAUAAGCCGCCGACAUCUGUUAUCUUCCAUAUGUUGAAGGAGGAUCCUCUCAUCUUCAUUGAUGAUCAGUCCCGGGCGGAUCACUCGGCAAUCAUCGCCUGGAAGACAUCUAAGGAAUCGGUCCCCGAGGCUGCUCGCGUACCAAUCGGGCGAGCUAACAUGCUUCUGGGUAUAGCUGUCGAGGGCGGAUUAUCAUCGGAGUAUACUCGAAUAUUACCAGAGCCGGAGGAAGAAAAAGCCGUCCAGCCAUACAAUAAUGUGCUUCCAUCCCAUCUCUUGGGGUUGAGUCUCCAGCCAUUCACCCCAACUCUGAUCUCUCUGGUGCAUCUCUCGAAGACAGUACAAGAAAAUAUCGAGUCGAUGAUCGACUGUCCCACAAUCAUCCACAAUUGGCCAGAAAAUCAAGAGCCAUGUUCCCGUGCUCAGCACUACCGAAUGUUUCAAGCGCUGAAGAUUUGCCGCGAAGGUAACUACCAGGCCUUCGCCUUCUUCAUCGAUGACGACGCCGAAGGCUACCAUAUCGUCACAGCGAAGGGGUCCAGCGUUCCAAACUUUUCAGAUCCCGAGGCCAGCAAACUGGAGCUGUAUACCCUGCCUUUUGAUAAAGUCGCGCAAUCCUGGAAUGCAGCCUGGAAUCCAGAGAGUCAUAUCCCGACACGCUUGCCCAGUGGCCCAUACAUGUACAAUCCGGCCAUGUAUGAAAUACAGGUCUCCGGAGGGGAGCCAAUUGUCAACCCGGACGAUAUCGCUGGUAGCCUGGACACUGAUGUCGUCUUCAUCUUGGAACAAAUGACUCCGACCGAGCUCCGCAAAAUCCAAUCGGAAAUGUUCACCAUUACUGAACAGAACUGGAUGUGGGUUGACGUAUCAGAUCGACUAGCGUCACCAGAUAUACAGGGCUUGUUGACAUACUUUGAAUCCGGAGCGUUUACCAAAUACUCUCCCCCGAACAACUUUCUUGCCGUUGACCGCAAGACUCUAUCCGAUGCGAUCGAACCGAUUGAUGAUCGAGAUGACUGUGAGGCUAUUAUCGUUGCUUCUUAUGAGGAAGGCGAUGUCUGGUUUCACGAUGACAUGUACAAUACUUUCGGCCACAUAUCGACUGGUUAUGGUUAUGAAAGAAGAGAUCCCGAGGAGGCCGACUCGGAUUACAUCAGUUUGUCCAUUGAAAACGUGAGCUGGAGCGAAAUGUGCGGUGGCAGCCCGAUCGUCUAUUGGAGUGCGUAUCGAGCGUGGGCUGAGGAGCAUUCGGACGGUGAUAAUGCCUUUAAGAGGUUUUCCGGGAACCUAUUUGCGAGGUCUUUUGGUCUGGAUGGGAUGAAAGUCUAUCAGGAAGGAAAAGCUGGUUUUGCUACAGAAUAA